AUGUCACGAUCCGGCGACAAGAAACAGGUCGGGUUCGCCACCCACAUCACCGCAGGAGGGAUUGCUGGUGCCAUGGAGGCACUAUGUUGUCAACCCUUGGACACCAUCAAAGUGCGAAUGCAACUCUCGCGAUCCGGUCGAGCACCAGGGACGAAGUCGCGGGGGUUCAUCGCAACGGGUGCAUACAUCGUCAAAAGAGAAACCCCUUUAGCCUUGUAUAAGGGUCUUGGUGCUGUACUCGGUGGAAUCGUCCCCAAGAUGGCUGUGCGGUUCGCGAGCUUUGAGGCGUACAAGGAUUGGCUAUCAAAUAAAGAGACAGGGAAAGCGAGCAUGGGGAGCGUCUUUUUAGCUGGUCUGGGUGCGGGAACAACGGAGGCAGUGCUGGUGGUGACACCCAUGGAGGUGGUCAAGAUUCGAUUACAAGCGCAGUAUCAUUCCUUGGCAGAUCCCAUGGACGUACCCAGAUACCGGAACGCUGCCCAUGCAGUGUACAUGAUCCUAAAGGAAGAAGGCGUAUCAGCCUUGUAUCGCGGUGUUACACUCACGGCAAUCAGACAAGCCACGAACCAGGGCGCUAACUUUACGGCAUAUCAACAGCUGAAGAAGUUUGCACAUAAUAAGCAACCUGAAUUGACCGACCUACCUUCAUACCAACACAUGCUCAUUGGACUAAUAUCCGGCGCCAUGGGGCCCUUUUCCAACGCUCCGAUAGAUACCAUCAAGACUCGUUUACAGAAAUCUCCUGCUACACCGGGAGUGUCGGCGGCUCAGCGUAUAAUGGCGAUUGCUCAGGACAUGUGGAAACAAGAAGGCGUUCGCUCCUUCUAUAAGGGAAUAACACCUCGGGUGCUUCGCGUGGCACCCGGUCAGGCGGUUGUGUUUGCGGUCUACGAGCGCGUUCGGAGGAUCAUCGAGGACAUCAAGGAAACGGAUGUCACUGAGAGUUACUCGGAGUGAGGAUGACAGGUCAGUUUCUGUGGUUUGUUGUCGGACAUGCGUCUUGAGUGGACGAGAUCGUCGUUGGAAUAUUCUAGCAGUCACUACAUAUUGUAUCAAUACUCACAGGCAAUGCAAUCCCUUCGUAGCUUC